AUGCCCUGUCUGCCUUUAUCGUCGCAGGAAUACAUAUAUCUUAUUGGGGCGCGUCGCCCGCCGCGCCGUCCAACGGCCGCUGCGUCAUUGCCGGCUGCCAAAGCGCGCCCGCCGACUUUCCACCAGCUGUUCUGCGCUCUUGUGCAGCGCCGUGCAGGCCAGCCGUGCAUGCACAUUUUGGACACGCGAGGCUCCGCGCCGGCUGCCCUGGCGAGGGCGCAGUGGGCGAACCCGCGUGCUGGGCCUUGGGCCUUGGAUCUGAGAGCAGCCCAGGGCAUGCACCGCCGAGAAAAGCUGCGUGGCCCGUGGAGAUCGUCCGCCACACCCAGGGCUAGUCCAGUACCGGUCCUUCGUCUGAUCGCGCGCUAUCGUGCCCUUGCCCGUGCCCAUCGAGGUCGCAGGUCGCAAGUCGCAAGUCGUCCACUGCCAUGCCGCCGCCCCAAGGCCCGACGAGCGCGCACGUCGUCCCGUCCUGCGCAGCAUCACCAGUGCGCUCUCGGCCGCCUCCCCUUGCGCAACGCCACUGCAUCCAUCCCCCAACAGCGCCGCCGCCAGCCAAUCGCCGCACCGCCUGCGUGCGCGCAAGCUCGCGCUUCACGUCCUGACGUGGAGCCGUUCUGGCAUCGACGUCGCCGUGGCCCCGCCAAGCCCAGCCGAGCCAGGUGCUGGCGGGCGCGUUGCCGCGAGACGCCAGUUCAUCAUUGUGGGUGCUCCCGACGCCACGCCUCCUCCCAUGGUGAUUGCAAUCUAAAUCCCAUCCGCCCCCAUUCCUUUGGAUCCCAUCCAUCUGCACCAGUCCUCCCGAACCAACUUCGUCCCCGCCACGCUGCGGCGAUCGUGAUUGUGACGUUUCAUACUUCUCAACAUCUGCCCCACACCUUGUGUUCAAACGCAGACCAUGUUGUUGUCUUAACAACUCCAGAACCCGCGCCUCGCGACAAAACUCCAGCCCUUUCCGUCGACCACGCGGAUGUAGACCUCCAACAAGUUACGGCUCCGGGACCAUACAAUCCCGACAUCUGGGUGUCGUUCCCGAUUCGCAGCCUGCAUUUGCUGUACGCGUACGAGUACGAUUAG